AUGGCGGUACCCACACCUCCCAUCCCGCCUGUCUCGCCAGACUCGGGCCCUACCGACCCUACGCUUCCCAAGCUGCCCGCUGGAUGGAUAGCGCAGUGGGAUAACUCCACCGGCGUCUCGCAAUGGGAACUGCCCACGAGCGAAGCGCCCGUCGGCGGCUCCUCGUCCCACAGCACACCCGCGCAACAGACGAACCCAUACAACGUCCCCGGCACCUCAGGCCCCGAUGCAGGCGACGGACAAAGAGGCAUGGGCGACGGCCCGACUGGCGACAGGGCAGGUGGAUUGGGUGGCUUUGCGAUGAACGCGCUCAUGGGCAACAAGCAGAGUAAUAGUGGACAUGGCGGCGGUGGCUCGGGAAACCUCGUUGGUCAGCUCGCUGGAUCUUUCCUCGGAGGUGGUGGGAAGCAGCAUGGAAGUUCUGGAGGUCAACAUGGCGGCAGCGCUGGCCACGCAUCGAGCGGUGGUGGUGGUCUUGGAGGCAUGCUUGGAAGCGUGCUGGGUGGAGGAUCAUCGCACAACAAGCCCAACAAUGGCGACUACGGCUACUCCGGUGCCUCGUCAGGCGGCACCUACACCGGCACCGCACCGCCAACGUCCUACAACCCCAGCGCCCAAGGCGGCCAAUACGGCGGCGGCGCUCCAAGCCACGGUUACUCAUCUCCCGGUCCUGGCCAACAAUACGGUCAGGGUCAAGCCCACGGAGGCUACGGCGGACAACACUCUCCGCCCCAACAGCAGCAACACGGCCAGCACCAACCCUACGGCUCGCAAGCUGGAUUCGGUGGACAGUCAGGAUACGGUGGACCAGCACCAGGCUACGGUCAAGGACCACCGGCAGGCGGCCCACCAGGCGGCUACGGACAACAAGCUGGCUACGGAGGUCCCGCAUACGGUGCACCAACUGGUCCCUACGGCGGCGCCGCAAACUACGAUAACCACCAGCACAACCAGUACGGCGGUGCUCCCACGCACGCUAACCAAUACGGAGGCGGCCAACAGUAUCCUCCUCCACCCGGUGGCCAUCAGGCUGGAUACGGAGGCCCGCCGAGUCACCACACUCCCCAGCCGGGUUGGCAGUAA